CUGUUUUGUAGAACAGUGGUCUCUGGUGGCUGAUGCUGAAGUGCAAGGCUAACUAUGCUCUAUUUAGUUAGCUUACUGGUCCAUCUCGAGAUUUAGCAAUUUACUAAACACGAGUGUGUAAGACUAAUAUCGCAUAACGCAAAGGAUAUGGUCACACUGAAUUAAAAUACACGCCUCACACAGAAACGUUUCUCCACAGUACAGGGCAGUCCCGCAACCAUGUCAGGAAUUAAAAGAAAAAUAGAAGGCAGUGAUCCGGACUAUGAGGACAUUACGCAGAUCCAAAAUAAUAAGAGAUUCAAAACGGCUGAACAUAAUGCCCGAGAAGCAACAGUACAGAAGAUUGAAACCAUCAUCAGAGAGCAGUUUUCUUUGGAGAUGAAGAACAAAGAGCAUGAGAUAGAUGUGAUAAGUCAGCGACUCCAUGAAGCCAGGAGGAUGAUGGACAAGCUAAGGGCAUGCAUAGUUGCCAAUUAUUAUGCCAGUGUUGGAAUCACAAAGCUUUCAGAGCAUGGCUCUAAGAGUGACCCUGCUUUGCUGCACCAUCCAGCCAUACGCCGCUUCCUGGGGUCCCCAUCCCGUUCUUCUUCCCCUCUCAACCAGGGCUCUGAGACGCCUUCUCUGGCGCACUCAGAGUCUGAGUCCCUCUCACAUCAAGGAGAGGGAGCUGAAAGGGAUGGAGAGGGAGCAUGGAGAGAGGACAGUAGCAAGCAGGAGCGCAGACCUGGACGUAAUACGGGCAAAGACACUUUUGGUGUGCCGUCGUCCAUAGGAACUGAGCACAGGGUGACUUACCACACUACUGGAGAUGAAGCCUCUAGACUCUAUGCAAAGAAGACAAUCGUAGUGGGGAAUGUGUCAAAGUACAUUCCCCCUGAUAAGCGGGAAGAGAAUGACCAGUCUACCCACAAGUGGAUGGUGUACGUCAGAGGCUCCAGAAGGGAACCCAGUAUAGAUCACUUUGUAAAGAAAGUCUGGUUUUUUUUGCACCCCAGCUACAAACCCAAUGACCUGGUGGAAGUCAGUGAGCCUCCCUUUCAUUUAACACGUCGUGGUUGGGGUGAGUUUCCAGUGAGGAUCCAGAUCCACUUCAAAGACCAUCGCAACAAACGUAUUGACAUUAUCCACCAGCUGAAGCUGGACAGAACUUACACUGGGCUACAGACUCUUGGGGCAGAAACUGUGGUUGAUGUGGAGCUCCUCAGGGACUCUCUCGGGGAGGACUACAUUCCUCAGCCCUCUUCCUCCAAGGCGGUUCGCAGAGCAGCCAGCCCUGUGUUGGCCACCUCGGUGGCCCAAAGUUAUGGACGCUGCACUUCGCCCACAUCACAUGAUCACAGUGUAGACAAAGGUUUCAUCAAAACAGAGACAGGGAGGUCUGCAGGGGGCCACAGUUCUGGCCUCACUGCUGGUGACCGCACCCCAACCCAGCCUGAAGCUAGUGACAGGAUCACCCUAGGUUCCCAUGGCAACUCUGCCUUCCAGCCCAUCACAGCAAGCUGUAAGAUUGUCCCGCAAGGACAGCCACCGAGUCGUGCUGAGUCUCCUGGAAAGUCAUUCCAGCCAAUCACCAUGAGCUGUAAAAUAGUUUCAGGAUCUCCGAUCUCCACCCCGAGCCACUCCCCACUGCCUCGCACACCCACCACCUCCACCCCUGUCCACAGCAAGCAGGGCUCUUCGUCAGUGCUCAACAACCCUUAUAUCAUUGUUGACAAGCCGGGCCAGGUGAUCAGCAUGGCUUCCUCAUCAGCUGCCUCCACAGGAAGUCCCUCAGCUAAACAGUCUGUUCCUCAAGGCACUCGCUCUCCAGCCCCGAAAGUUCAUACUGGCACCUUCCUCUCCUCAGGGAUGAAGGUAAUUAUCAAGCAAGAACCAGGGGAAGUUUCAACACAGCAGCAGCAGAUGGUCUCCACGGUAACCAGCCAGCAGCAACCUGCAGCUACAGCAGCACACCAGUUUGUCGCAGUGAAGGGAGGUCACAUGCUCUCUGUGUCAGCCCAGAAACAGGCAACAGGGACUACAACUAGCAAGAUGUUAGGUAUUCCUGUUAGCUCGACACUUCAGUCUGCAGUCAAACAAGUUGCUAUCAGCAGUGGACAGAUUCUGGUCUCCAAGGGCAACCCCUCUGCCUCCAAGGUGAUGGGCGGGAAGCAGGUUUUGGCUCAGGGAGUUGCUAAGGCCAUCGUCAGUGGAGCCAGUGGCAUCUCUGGUCAGCAGGUAGCAGCCAAAGCAGCUGGGGGUUCAAGUGGCAAGAGUGGAGUGAUGGCUACUCUUCAAUUGCCAGCCAACAACCUGGCCAAUUUGGCCAAUUUGCCUCCAGGCACCAAGCUGUACCUGACCACCAACAGUAAGAACCCCUCAGGGAAGGGAAAGCUGCUUCUCAUCCCACAGGGAGCUAUUCUUCGAGCAUCCGGUGCAAGUCAGCAGUCCCAGAGCAGCUCGUCUGCAGGAGCAGGAGGCUCACAGACCUCCUCCUCUUCCAGCAAUCUGCCCUCCAACCUCUCUUACACGUCAUAUAUCCUUAAACAGACGCCACAGGGUACAUUUCUGGUUGGUCAGCCUGCACAGGGCACAGGGAAAAAAAAUUCAGCAGGUCACGCAACAUCAUCUCCAGCAGUUGUUAACCAGCAGGCCAUCCGGGUGACUGCUGGACAGAAGGCGGCCAUUCUGGCUCAGGUGGUGGGCAGCUCCCAGGGUGCACAGGUGAAGCUGUCUGACGGCUCUAUCAAGACAGUAACAGCAGCAGCAGCAGGUCACUUGUCCAAGCCGGGGACCACCACACUGAGAAUGACAGGUGGAGUCAUCACUGCUGCUAGCUCCACCCCCGGCUCAGCCAGCGCAGCAGCAGCAGCCAGCCAACAACAGGCUGCCGAUGGCGGGAAGUCUGCCCUUCAGCAUCACUCACUUCUGGUCGCAGCCAACCAAGCAGCAGUCAUCAGUGCAGCUAAGACUGCCAGUGCUGCUGCCAGUGGCACUCUGUCGAAGACAGCUGUGGCCACUUUGGUCAAGGGUGCUGGCACCUCUGCCACCGUGACAAAGAGUGCUGCAGGUUCAACAGGAGCUGUAGCAACUGUUACCAAAGGUGUCACCAACAUGCCUGUCAUCAACAUGCCCAAAGGUGCAGGUGUGGGGGCUGUGGUGGGUGUACCCAAAAGCAGUGGCACCUCAUUGGUCUCGGCAGCCUCAUUAGUCAGCGGGAUGGCAUCCGGAGGUGGCAAGACUGGUGCGGCUCUCUCCGGUAUGCUGAAGAUCCACUCUGGGGGUUCCAGCUCCCAGCAGACAGUCUUAACCAUUCCUGCCAAUCAGCUUAAACAGUUGGGGGUUGGCACUGGGUCUGGAGGGCUGCAGGCCAUAGUUAUGCCUGUUGGGAAAGUAGUGUCUAAAGGCCCAGUCUCCACUACUUCUUCCUCCUCCUCCUCUUCCACCACCCCUGGAGCAGCUGGAGCUGGAGCCUCCCCAAGUCCUGCUAGCCAGGCCUCCUCUUCCCUUGUCCUGCCUCUAGCACAGGUGAAGACAGAGCCAGGUGCUGGCACAACUGUCACAGCUGUUACACCACCAGUGACUGCUCCUCCCCCCACUUCUGUCCAUGUUGCCUCUGAGGCUACCACCGUCAAGCAGGAACAAGGGGCAGAUAGUGCUGUGCAUGACCUCAUCAACACUGAGCACAUAGAGACCAUGAUGCAGCUGCUGACAGCUGUGGUGAAGAAGUUCCCUCUGAUUGUGCCGGAUAAGACUGAAGACUCCCAUCCAUUCUGUGCCUCUUCGACAGAACAGUAUUACUCCUGGAAUAUUGGCAAGCGCAGAGCAUCAGAGCUUCAGCGAGCGGUGGCAGUGAAGCGGGUUGUCCAGGAUGUGUUGGACCGCUCACCCCGUCUGCAGGCCUUCACUCCCCCAAAGACAAGAGAGGUGGUGCAGUGGUGCCGGCAGAGGGGCUACACACCACCUGACCCCGAGCCCCAACGCAGGAAUGAUGAUGAGUCCAUUGAGGACAUUCUCACACAGAUAGAUAGUGAACCUGAGUGCCCGUCGACCCUGAGUAGCUACGACGAGCUGGUGCUGCGGCUGGAGCAGAUGCAAGCUCUGCUCAAGACUGAACCAGAGGAGGCAGACGAUGAAGUAGUUGACAUCAUCACUGUUACUCCACCUUGCCAGAAACUAAAGGUCAAAGAGGAGGAGCAAGAAGCUGACGUGGAGCCCAAGUUCUUCCUGGGACCCUGUAUGUCCACCCAGUUUGUCAGUGAAACAGCUCAGCAGAUCGGGGUAACCUUCCAGCCAGUCGAGGUGGAGAAGAAUGUUUUCGCUCCAGUGGCCGAGGCCAUGAUUCUGAAGGCUACAGAGCAGUUUGCCAGUGAUGUCCUGAGAGAAGCUCUGGCUGGGGCUUAUGCCAAAUCCCCUCAGAACAGGGCUCCCAGAGAGAUUACAGCCAUGAAUGUCCACCAGGCGCUCAAUAGCAUCCCCACCUGUGAUGUUCUCACCAAUGCACACUUGGGUUACUUGGCUAAGGACAAAUGAAGAUAACAAGACUGAACAACGGCUGGUAAAUGACAACAUGUAAAAGAUAUGGAGACUGUCUGACCUGCUUAACUCUUAAACUGACAGCUCUGCUGUGUGAAUAUUCACACCUGGAUGUAGUCAUGUUGCCUCAGGUUGUGCAGUUAAUAACUAAUGUACUGUAUUUAUUAACUUGAUCAUAGAAGGGCUCAGCUUGCUUCUCAUAGCAGCAGAACAACAAAUGUUUCUAAAACUCUGGGUAUAUUGUAACAUUUUAGUCCUAAUGUGUUGUAGCACUGUGAGGCUAGUGUUAUUUGAUUUUGAGAGGCUGUUGUGCUCUCCCUUACCUCAUAACAAGAUUGCUUUAACAAUGAAGUGUUUCCUGCCAGACAGGCAGCCAGUCAGCGAGGACCUGAAGCCUGACUUACAGUACAGACAGUUGUCCCUUUAUUCUUCAUUCUGCUGUCAUGUCCCAUCAACUGGGAACAAGUCUCAGUUUACUAUCAGAGAUGAACCACAGAUUUACAGCAAGUUGGAAACACUAAUGAACGUGUGUGUUAGGAUCCCCCUAUCAGUCACAUUGAUCAUAAUGUCUGCUUGGUACUUUGGGCCAAGCAAACAGGGCAGUAGCUACAAAGGUGUCAGGUCCAUGGCAACCAGUAGUUCAUCAUUGAAAACAUCCUGUCAUAUAUUUCAGUGUUACCUGUCUGAGGUGACUCUGAAAUACAAUAAUGUUUUCUAAGGCUCUUCGGGAGAGGUAAGAGAUUUAUGUUUCAUAUAUUGAAGUUUAUGUCACUUUGAGAAAUAUAAUGUCUGACUGUAAUAAGAUACAGGUACAGUAAUAGUCAAAUGAACAAAUUGUUCCAUUAUUAUGAAUUUUAAGAUAAUUUAAGGGGUACCUUCUCCCCUUCAUGACCCGGUUUGACAACCUGUCAGUGUUUUGAAGUGUUUAACAGCCUUAAUGUAUUUAUCAUGUAAUGUACACAGUAUAUGACCAAUAUGAAAUAGAUGUUUUCAAAUCCUGUUUUAUUUUUUUAAUCUAAUAUCAACACCUGCAAAUAACAGUGCCCUAACAGUAGUAUGUGUGUUUGGGUGUAUGAGUAUGUGUGGGUGGAUGUAGUUGUCCCAGAUAUUAAUGUGAAGAUGAGUCCGUGAGUGUGUGUGUGUUUUGUUGGUAAUUCUGUUUAAUGUAGAGCUUUGCAUGAUGUUCAUAUAUGGAUGACUGGACAAUUUCAAGUGUUUGGGCAGAGUGGUUGUGAUAACCUGAUGAACCAAAUUAGUAUAGAAGAUAACCCAAACAAUGUAUUUUCAUGUUUCAGUGCAAACCAAAAAUAUCAUCAAUAUUCUUGUAAUAAACAAACAACUCUGGUUGCAUUAUUUCUUGUGA